GGCCAGGGCUGGCGCUGGCUCUGCGGUUGAGGAGGAGGCUGUGAGGGGGAGGUGAGGCGUUGGAAGCUUUUGGUCCUAGAGAGCAGGUCCAAUGCGGUCCAGCUGAAAAGGAUGGAAUACGCCAUGAAGUCCCUGAGCCUUCUGUACCCCAAGUCCUUAUGCAGGCACGUGGCCGUGAGCACCGCAGUGGUGACCCAGCAGUUGCUGUCAGAACCCAGCCAGGAAGCCCGGAGGGCCCCGGCCCGGCCCUGCAGAGUGAGCUCCGCAGAUCGGAAAGUGCGCAAAGGCCUCAUGGCCCGCAGCUUGGAGGAUCUCCUCCGCAAGGUCCGGGAUGUCUUCAAGCUGAAAGGCAAAUCCUUCACCUUGGUGCUGGAGGAAGAUGGCACCAUUGUGGAGACAGAAGAGUAUUUCCAGGCCCUGGCAGGAGACACAGUGUUCAUGAUCCUCCAAAAGGGGCAGAAAUGGCAGCCCCAGGCAGAGCAGCAGGGGACUAGGUAUCAACUGGCCCGCUCUCAGGAGCCUGACAAGAAGAUUGAUGUGGCCUGUGUAACCUUUGACCUGUAUAAGCUGAAUCCACAGGACUUCAUUGGCUGCCUGAAUGUGAAGGCAACUCUCUAUAACACAUACUCCUUGUCCUAUGAUCUCCACUGCUACAAGGCCAAGCGGAUUGUGAAGGAAAUGCUUCGCUGGGUGCUCUUCAGCAUGCAGACCACAGGCCACCUGCUGCUGGGCACCUCUACUUACAUGCAACAGUUCCUGGAUGCCACGGAAGAGGCCCAGCCCGCCAAGGCCAAGGCGCCCUCCCUCGUCCCUGCCUGUCUGAAGAUACUGCAGUGAAGGCCCAACCCCUUGGAGGCCUGCCCCAGCCAAAGGCAAAGCCAGAACCCUGUGCUUGACUGGUAGCACCCACAAGCCUGGCAGCUAGCUAAACAGCUUACCUCCCACCCCUCCCUCUCUGCACAGGACGGUGGAGGCAGAAGGCAAUUCUGGAACCUGGGCGGGCUGACUGAUGAAACUCCAGUUCCGAGCCUGACCCAGCUCCUUCCUCCCUGCCUCAGGUCAUUUAGCUGAUGAAGGUGGGUCACGGGCACGCUAUAAGGAUGUCACGUUCCCAUGCAGCGCUUUCAUUCCACUCUCUCCUUCUUGCUUUCUGCCCAGAAUGCUCAAAUGACUUGUUGAGCCACUAAUGUACUGCAGAGUUUGCAAUAAAUUAUUUAUGCUGAUA